AAUAUAUGGAAGUAAAUGCACAGUGAUAACUUACUGAUGAUAAAAUUCAGAUGGAAUAGCUGGAACCAUUUUUCCUGCAAUAUUAACGAAGAGUUAAUUCAAGAAACAGCUGAUGCUAUGGUGUCAACUGGCCUUGCUGCUCUUGGUUACCAAUAUAUUAACAUAGAUGAUUGUUGGGGAGAACUUAAUCGAGAUUCGCAGGGAAAUUUGGUUCCUAAAGCCUCAACAUUUCCUUCAGGAAUGAAGGCUCUUGCUGAUUAUGUUCAUAAAAAAGGUUUAAAGUUGGGGAUCUAUUCUGAUGCAGGAAAUCAAACAUGCAGCAAAACUAUGCCCGGAUCACUAGGACAUGAAGAACAAGAUGCAAAGACAUUUGCUUCCUGGGGGAUUGACUACUUGAAGUAUGAUAAUUGUGAGAAUAAUAACAUAAGCCCCAAAGAGAGGUACCCUCCAAUGAGUAAAGCUUUGUCAAACACCGGAAGGCCAAUUUUCUUCUCUUUGUGUGAAUGGGGAUCAGAAGAUCCAGCAACUUGGGCCAAAAGUGUGGGAAAUAGUUGGAGAACAACAGGAGACAUUGAAGAUAAGUGGGAUAGUAUGAUAUCUCGGGCAGAUCUGAAUGACAACUGGGCUUCUUAUGCUGGACCAGGAGGAUGGAAUGACCCUGACAUGCUAGAAGUUGGAAAUGGAGGCAUGACAACAGAAGAAUAUCGUGCUCAUUUCAGCAUAUGGGCACUGGCUAAGGCUCCUUUGUUGAUUGGUUGUGACAUUAGAGCACUGGAUGCCACCACAAAAGAACUGCUUAGCAACAAAGAAGUUAUUGCAGUAAACCAAGACAAGCUUGGAGUUCAAGGAAAGAAGGUGAAAAGUAGUAAUGAUUUGGAGGUUUGGGCUGGUCCUCUCAGUAAUAACAAGUUAGCAGUGAUAUUAUGGAAUAGAAGUUCAUCCAAAGCAAAAGUUACUGCAUCAUGGUCUGAUAUAGGCCUCAAACCAGGAACUGUAGUUGAUGCAAGAGAUUUAUGGAAGCAUUCAACACAAUCAUCUGUCUCCGGAGAAAUAUCUGCUGAACUAGAUUCUCAUGCUUGUAACAUGUAUGUCCUGACUCGUACAUAAGUUGUUGAUUUCACGAGGCAGAAAAUAAGGUAAAAACAGAAAUCAAGAGAAAUAAAUGCACUGACAAUAAUUGGGUCUUCCAGAGAAGGAAAAGGAAAUCAACAAGAUAUUUCUUUAUCAGUAGAAAAUACAAAAAAGAUACCUAUUAAUUGUUAUCUCUCCAAGACUUCAAUAUUAAAUUAUACAUUAUGAUUGAGGUCAAGUUAUAUAUUAUGUUGCAAGCUCACGAAUGAAAUAAUA